AUGGCCGUUGGCGGUAGCACUGCGUCUUCAAAUGGAGGUAUAAUCACUAAGGGUAGAGCCCGAGCUGAAGAACACGCCCGCUCGAUCUACGAGCCUCCAAAUGGACUCCCAUAUCACCCAGCGCCCUUCAAUAUCCCACUCGACGACAAAGACGUCUCUGCGCCACUUCUCUUCAUCGGUCAGCAGAAUCCUUUGGCUGCCUCACCGGGUACCACUGCAAAUGCCCAAGCGUCGUUGCAUGACGAAUUUCACAAUGCCAGUUUCAUGACGAGAUCCGCCAUCCUUGGUGAUGACUUCCCCGGGAUCGACCACAACAACGCUGAGCAGCCAGUGCGGCAGCACACGUUGUCGGAGACCGAGCUGCAAGUUCUCAAUAUUUACCGCGCGUUCGAUCUACCAGAAUUGCCUCUACGGCAGAGCUUACUCGAAGCGUCUCCGAAAGAUAAUGAGGCAUCUCUACUGCUACUGCAGGCGGUCCUUCUUGUCGGUUCCCUCAUGCGGCCCGAUACUGUCGACAAGAAGCUGUUGGAUUCGUACUACCAAAGAGUCAAAGCACUCAUAAAUUCUGGCUACGAGCGAAACCCCCUCAAUAUAUUGGCAACAAUGUGCUUGAUACAAUGGUACACACCGCAUGCGGCGAGAGACGUCUCGACUGACACAGCUCGAUACUGGGCAAGCUGCGCCUUGGGGAUUGCCCAACAGAUUGGUCUUCACCGCCAGCCAGAGCGAAGUCAACCCGACUACGGGCUCCGCAGACGUAUAUGGUGGACACUUUACAUCAGGGACAGUCUGAUGGCGACAGCGCAUGGCCGGCCGCGAAUGAUGAGUUCGGAUGAUAUGCUGUCCCCCUCCAUCGAUGACUUCGACGAUCCGGAUGACUUACGUGCCAAGAUCUUCGUCGCUUAUACAGAAAUCACCACCAUUCUAUACGACCUGUGUAACUUCCUCCUCAAGAAGAAGCCUUCGUCAGAUGAGCGGUCCCAGAUCGCCCAGCGCUUGCUCAACUUCUGCCGCAGCCUUCCAGAUGGUCUUCGCCUACAAGACGCCGACGGCUGGCAACUCUCGCCAGAAAAUGCAGCUAGUAUUGCUGCCUCGAAUCUCACAUUCCGCCUGCUGCAAGCCAUGCAUCUGCGCGAGCAGACUCGCUACCUUUCUUCUGCUUUCGCUUUCUACGGCCUGGUUUCCGCUAUCCCUCAUCUCUCUAGCCUGCGAAUCGCGGGUCUGCGCGCUGAAGCUGAUGUUGCGCUCGAUGUAAUUGAGAAAUUCAUGGACAAACUGGGUACUGUGCGACCAGCCGCGGCGAAUAAUCUGCGCAACAUCCGUGCAAUCCGAAAGGCGAUCAACAGUAAGAACCAUGCUGGUGCGAAGACGACGCGUCCAAGUGACUCGAUACAUGAUCAAGCAAGCCUUAACGCCGCCUCCGAGAUGCUCGGCCACCUCUACGGCCCGCAAGCCACCACAAAUCUGCAGAAUAUCAGCACCAUACUAAACACCUCGGUGUUCGAGGCUGCUCCACAGCAUCUUCCCGCCGACGUGCAACAGCCACAACAACAGCAACAGCAAAUGGUCCCUCCACUACCAACAAAUGCUUCCGCCAGCGGAAGUCAGCAGCCAACGCCUACAAAUCCCACCAACCACAACAAUCACCAUCAGAUACCGCCCUUACAGCACCAUUCAUCCAUGCCCUUCCAGCAGGUCUAUCCACUUCCCGACCUCAAUGGCAUGAGCGUGAACGGAUCGUUGUUCGGCGGUGAUGCAGGCGCUGCAGGAGGUGCCCACAUUGCCGAUUUCGGAGAAGGGUUUAGCCCGAUCAUGACCAGCCAUUUUCAGGAAAACACCUGGAUGCGGAACUGGAUUGACGAUUUGCAGCUUUUCCCUGAAUAG